AUGACAGAAGCUGAAAGAAUAUUGGCCCUCAGUCCCCGGCAGCCCUUAAAUGGGCAGAGGGUGCUAAGAAUAUCCGGUUUUGCAGGGAGAGGUGAAAUGCCUAACUCCACUCAAAUUCAAGCCGUUAAAGUCGGCAGCCUUAAUGUUGGCACAAUGUCAGGAAAGGGGAGGGAGGUUGUGGAUCUCAUGGAGAGAAGAAAGUUGGAGGUACUUUGCCUACAGGAAACACGAUGGAGGGGGAAUAAGGCCCGAGAGCUGGGGAGAGGCUUUAAGCUUUUCUACAGUGGAGCAGAUGGAAGAGGAAGGAAUGGAGUUGGAAUAAUCCUGAGUCCCAAUCAUAAAGAAAACGUCAUCAGUGUCUGGAGAAAGAAUGACCGAAUAAUGUUGAUUAAACUAAUUAUCGGAAAUACAAUCAUUAAUAUAAUGAGUGUAUAUGCACCACAAGUAGGCUGCGAUGAUGAAGAGAAAGACAAAUUUUGGCAAGACCUAGAUAGUAUGUGCACAGAGAUACCGGAUGUUGAAACAGCCUUGAUUGCUGGCGAUUUCAAUGGUCACGUGGGAGAGAGAAACUUGGCAAUAGAGCGUGUCCAUGGUAGAUAUGGGAGCGGGGCUGUAAAUCCCAACGGAGAACGGCUAAUUGACUUCGCAGUGGCAUACGAUCUGGCUAUAUUGAACACGUUCUUCAAAAAGAAGGAUUACAAUACAUAUGAAAGUGGAGGACAGGAAACACAAUUGGACUACAUAUUAUACAAGAGAAGUAAAAUGAGUGAAGUCAGAAAUUUUAAGGUAAUUAAGGGAGAAACAGCUGCCAAACAACAUCACCUGAUUAUUGGGGAGUUUAACAUUAAAAGAGGGAGGAAAGGAAAGAAAAGGGCAAUACCUAAGAUUAAGUGGUGGAAUUUGAAAGACGAAGACCAGAGAAGUUUGUUCAGGGAGAGAGUGCUGGAGCAGAUAGAGUUGAGGGAGGGAGUUGAAGAGUGGUGGAAUUUGAAUGCUUCAAUGAUCCGACAAGCUGCAGAGGAAAUAUUGGGGAUGACAUCUGGUAAAGGACCACCCAAUGACAAGGAAACUUGGUGGUGGAAGGAAGAAAUAUCGGAAACUAUAAAGCAGAAGAAGAUUACAAGGAAGGAAUAUUACAAAAACAGAAAUGAGGAAAAUGAAGAAAGGCUUAAAACAGCGAACAAAGCAGCAAAGAAAGCAGUGGCAGUAGCUAAAGCUGAGGCAAGGGAAGAAAUGUAUCAAGAACUCGAUACAAGAGGAGGACAGAAAAAGAUUUAUAGAAUAGCAAAGGCCAGAGACAAGAGUACGAAAGAUCAGACACAUAUCAGGCAUAUGAAGGAUACAGAAGGAAAUGUUUUCCACAAUAUCAGCAUUAUCUGA